ACACUGCCUCUACGACCUACAUAUUUUUCUGCCGUCUCUGAAAAAGCAAUAGAUUAUUGGCGAAGUGAACACACAGAAUUGUAAUAUUUUUAGCACAAAGCAGUCCCGUCCGCCAGUUGAAGUUUGAUUUUUCCGAUAAAGCCAUUAGUGCAAUUCGAUGAAGUGACACAAAAUGAAAGUAACAAUCAAGUCAUGGACAGGAGUGGCAUCUUGGCGCUGGAUAGCUAAUGACGAGAACUGUGGUAUUUGUCGCAUGUCCUUUGAAAGUACUUGUCCAGAGUGUGCUCUACCCGGAGACGACUGUCCGCUGGUGUGGGGCGUUUGUUCGCACUGUUUCCAUAUGCACUGCAUCGUGAAGUGGCUGAAUUUGCAACCAUUGAACAAACAGUGUCCCAUGUGCCGACAGAGUUGGAAAUUCAAUAUACACUAA